AAAAAACAAACCCAAAACUUUCAUUGCAAGUUUUGAUGAAGUUGGAUAAACACUUCUCAGGCCUGGUUAAGGUUUAUUUCACCUGGCCUCAAUGUAUGUGGUUUGAGUAGGGAUCUGCUGCAAUUUCCUCAAGCUCUACUCAAAAGAAGAUGAAGGAAGAAACUUAGCCAAAGAAGUUCCAUUACUUUUGACACUUCUUCAAUUAUAUUCUUAUGCUUAGCCUGCUACUUCCUGGAAUUUUUUCUCUCUUCAUUGGUGAUAAUCACGUUGUUGGUAUUAAGAGUACUAUACUUGUCUUUAUAAUACAAAAGACCAGUAAUCAUAAAGACAUAACUGCAGAACUUCAUUUCCACAGAAAAUGAAGGAGUCUUAAACCUGCAUAAGCAGGACUUGGGAAGAGGAAAAAGAAUGAAAACAGAUUUUUACUAAUUUUACUCUCUGCUUUCAUCUUCCUUUGCUCUUAACAACAAUAACAUCUAUAAAUCUCUCAGCAGAGUUCCCUCUGUAUUUGAUAUUCUUUCUCACCAGUUUUUUUGUCCAAGACUUCAAUGUGUUUGCAUGAUUCUACCUAUAAUGGAACUGGUGGGGGCAGACGGUGCAGGGCGUUGGGUGGUGUAGGAAUGUCACUUGUCCUUGUCUAAAAUACAUCCCUUCUUUAUAAGGCAGCUGAUCAAAACUUGAAGAUACAGGGUUGUGUGUCUCAAAUGUUUUCAGUACCUUAUAGAACCCCUAUUUGCCUACCACCAUUCUUGUUUUGCAUUGCACUUAGAAAGGCAGUGAAAACGGAUGAUAAAUUGCUGCAAUUACUAGUAGCCUUCAUUACUUUUUUUUAGUGAUAAACAGAAAGAAUUCGGAUAUGGCGUCUAGACUUAGUUUUUUAGCAAGACGGGAACACACCAUAAAAUUUAAAACUUUACAGAGGUUAACUUUAUAUCUCUCUGUAACAUUAACAAAAUUAGUAUGCACUUACAAACUUAAUUAUAUGGUGCUACAACUUUUGGAGAUGUUCUUUUCCUUCUACUGCUUUUUUUCUAAUAUUCAAACAAAUAACAAUAUUCAGUAGUUACUUUUCACCAGAGUAGGCAGAGCAUAAUCAUCUAGUAAAUGUUUUCCUUUAUAAAUUGGCAAUGGUCUUGCUAAUUUUGGGUAACAUCAUUUAAGUUUAGAGUUGCUACUAUAUAUUUGUGGAACAUAGUUCCUAACUAUAUAAAAUCUCAAUAUUUAUUUGAGAAAGGAUUUAAGCACAACUCAAGGUGCCUCUACAGCAACAAAUUAAUAUGUUGAGAGGUAACUUUGUUGUUUGUUUAUAGGUUACGUUGUUACUUUUAUACAGCAUUUAUGCUAGGCAAUAAGUCACCUGCUUCCAUGAGCUGAAUGCUUAUUUUCUAUCAGUAUUAACUGCCAACUUGCAAACUUUCUCUGAAACGAGUAGCAUCUCCAGGGAUGUAAGGUUGCUAGUGAAAAUUAAACUAGAACCAACAAGUAGAAAAAAGGUUCAUAAAAACAUAGCAAUAAAAUAAGAAAAAUAAAUACCAACAUGGAAUGCUAACAUACCCUAUAGCUACUUUUAUUGAAAGAAUAGCAUGAGGUCUACCCUUGCAAUUUCCUAACUGCAAAGAAUGUAAAGAAGAAAACUCACUAUGAGUAUAGAAUUUACAUAGAAAAAUGAAAGAAACUCCUUAGGAAAAGCUAAAUGCAGCCUCUGCCUAAGCCACAAAACAUUAAUACAAAUUAUGAGUAUGCACAAGCCCAAAUUAAACAAAUAGUUAUGUGUGUGCUUAUGUUUUGUUCCCUUGGGUGGUCCAGUUUCCUUCUGUGAAAGUACUCAUGCUAACAGUUAAGCAUGUGUACUCAUAGGAAGAGAGUCUGAGGUCUCAUAAAUAAAUCCUGUUAUGUAAUAUCUGAUAAAGUUGUUUUUACAUCAGUAUCAAGAUUAGGAACACUGAAUGCAUGUCACAGGGCCAGAUAUGAGUUCAGUGUCCUGUUCUAAUCAGUGGCCAGUGCCAGAGACUUAGAGAAAUUUAUAUUAUUUACAUGAAUUACACCAUAAUGGGAGAUAUGAGAUGAUUUUUGCUAACACUAAUCUUGCAUCUCAGUAAAUCCUUCAGUCCAAAUAUUUUUCUUGUUAGAAAUGUUUUCUUAAGAAACUAAAGGAAACCAGAAAGUUCCUCUUAACCAAGGGGAAGGCAGCAAAUGUAAAAUCGCUAAGAAGAUAUCUCUUGCUUUUCAGUUAUGGCUGAGGUAUACACAUUCUGAACUUAUUUUAUCUGUUCCAGUUGCCCUGAUACACAUUAAAAGAAACAUAAUUUCUCUCUUUUAUCAAAUAUUUUCUAUUUCCAAUAUUUUUUCAUAGAAACACGUCCUUCUAGUCUCCAUUCUUCUCAGUUUUCCUCAUUCUUAAUAAAUUUGCAACAUUCCUUCUAAAAACAGCGUUCAGCAUCAUACACUAUUUCAAAAUAAGAAGAACUUGCAUAACAGUGUUGUCAUUUCUAUAUUAUUUCUGGUUUGCUAAAUUUGUCAAGGCUGCAAAUUGAGUUGUCAACAUCAAAACAUCAAACUUUUUAUGAAUUAUGCAGUCUCUGAUGGUUUUCAGGGCUGUCUCAUUCUGACCGCAGUCACCUUAGAUUCAGGAAGGAGCUCAAGUUUCUGUGUAUGUUUGAGCAUAACUGAAGGUAGGAUGUAUAAAAAGAUAGUGUCAGUUUAACCAAAACCUUUAAGAUCUUUUUAAGAGUAACGACAAACUAACAGUUCAGGUUUUAGUGUUAUUUUGGACUGGUUUUCAUUGCAGAAUGUAAAUGUUCUCCCUCUAGUUGCCUCUUUUAUGCUUCAACAGAUGUUAGAUACCAGUGCCUGUUCGAUGUGACUCUGAAGUAUCACAGCGUUCACCUAUCACACCAAGGAAAUCAGCUAUUUAGCUGUACUUUUCUCAUCUCCUUUAUGGGUACCCAUGACUUUCCACACCUACUUGCUUGCAAAACUACUUAGUUGUCCCCUCCGACCUCACGGCACUGAGCAGCACCACGACUCCCCCACUCCCGCCUUUUUCCGUUAGAGAUCUGAGCCUGCACGGCCUGGGCGGGAACCGCAAUUCCAGCUCUUCUGGCCACGACAGAGCGCUAGCGCCGUGCGCAUGCGCCAGCUCGUAAUGGUUGUAGUGGCGGCGCGUGAGAGGUGUUGCGCAUGCGUGUUGUGCAAAAAGGCCGCGGGCCGCUGGCGUUCUGCAGGCGCUCUGUAGGACAGCCUUGGCGCACGCGCCUUGGGAGGGUGGUGGCAGACGCUGCGCAUGCGCACAGUGUGAGGCGUGGAGGCGGCUGAGGGGCCUGUAAGAGCCGGGUCGUCGCUGCUGGGGGAAGCCCAGGUUUCUCCGCGGGACCGCGUCCUUGGCCCUGGUGCUAGGCCUCCCGGGGCGGGCAGACCGGCUGAGCCGCUGCCGCCGCGGCUGAGGAGAAGACGGGGGCGCCGCCGGCGGGAUGAAGCUGGUGAGGAAGGACCUGGAGAAGGAUAAUGCGGGCCAGGUGACGCUCAUCCCCGAGGAGCCCGAGGACAUGUGGCACACCUACAAUCUGCUGCAGGUGGGUGACAGCCUGCGGGCCUCUACCAUCCGCAAAGUGCAGACCGAGUCAUCUACAGGCAGUGUGGGCAGCAACCGCAUCCGCACCACUCUCACUCUCUGCGUGGAGGCCAUCGACUUCGACUCGCAGGCCUGCCAGUUGCGGGUCAAAGGCACUAACAUCCAGGAGAAUGAGUACGUCAAGAUGGGGGCCUAUCACACUAUCGAGCUGGAGCCCAACCGGCAGUUCACGCUGGCAAAGAAACAGUGGGACAGCGUGGUGCUGGAGCGCAUCGAGCAAGCCUGCGACCCGGCGUGGAGUGCUGAUGUGGCAGCCGUGGUCAUGCAGGAGGGACUGGCUCAUGUCUGCCUAGUUACCCCCAGCAUGACCCUCACUCGUGCCAAGGUGGAAGUGAACAUCCCCCGCAAACGGAAAGGGAACUGCAGCCAGCACGACCGGGCUCUAGAGAGGUUUUAUGAACAGGUGGUGCAGGCCAUCCAGCGGCACAUCAACUUCGAGGUGGUCAAGUGCGUACUGGUGGCCAGCCCAGGCUUCGUACGAGAGCAGUUCUGUGAUUACAUGUUCCAGCAGGCAGUCAAGACUGACAACAAGCUUUUACUGGAGAAUAGAUCCAAGUUUUUACAGGUGCAUUCAUCAUCAGGACAUAAGUACGCACUGAAGGAGGCCCUUUGUGACCCAGCUGUAACUAGCCGUCUCUCUGACACUAAGGCGGCGGGUGAGGUCAAAGCCUUAGAUGACUUCUAUAAAAUGUUGCAGCAUGAGCCUGACCGGGCUUUUUAUGGCCUAAAACAUGUGGAGAAGGCCAAUGAAGCCAUGGCCAUUGAUACUUUAUUGGUCAGUGACGAGCUCUUCCGGCACCAGGAUGUGGCUACACGUGCCCGGUAUGUUAAAUUGGUAGAUAGUGUUCGGGAGAACAUGGGCACAGUGCGCAUUUUCUCCAGCCUUCAUGUGUCGGGGGAACAGCUUGGCCAGCUGACAGGGGUGGCAGCCAUUCUGCGCUUUCCUGUUGCUGAGCUCUCUGACCAGGAGGAUGAAUCUAGCUCUGAAGAGGAUUGACAACAGUGGCUUCAUUUCACAGUUUCUCUUCCAAGUUACAUAAAAUGACAUUAAAAGUCUUCCCUUCCUAAGUACUGUGUGCAGAUAUACCAUGACAUGUAAUUGAAGUUUUUGAUAGUAUUUCUUACACUAUAUGUUUCUUCUCACCACGCAAAUGCAUGUCUAAUCUGUGGUAAAGCUCAUUGGAAUGCUGAGAAUUAGAGCUGACUGGUUUUGUAAGUUGCACCCUGGACCUCCAGCAAUACCAGAAACAGAUCUCAGUCCCUAGAGCUGCUUAUUCUUUAUGUUAAGGCAGACUGUCAGCUUAAUGUUUUGGAACAUGUACAAAAAGCUAAUAAACUAAGAAAUACAAAACUG